AUGAGUGAAGAGAAGAAAGAGGAGAAGAAGGAGGAAGAAAAGAAGAAAGAAGGCAAAGACGAAAAGGAAGAAAAGAAAGAAGAAGAGCCUCCGGAGAUUCUACUCAAGGUCGAUAUGCAUUGUGAAGCUUGCGCAAGGAAAGUUGCUAGAGCCUUGAAGGGUUUUGAAGGAGUGGAGGAUGUAACGACAGACAGUAAGGCAAGCAAAGUUGUGGUGAAAGGCAAAGCGGCGGACCCCAUAAAGGUGUGCGAAAGAUUACAAAAGAAAAGCGGCAAGAAAGUGGAGCUCAUUUCACCUUUACCCAAACCUCCCGAGGAGAAGAAAGAAGAACUGCCUCCGGAGAUUCUACUCAAGGUCGAUAUGCAUUGUGAAGCUUGCGCAAGGAAAGUUGCUAGAGCCUUGAAGGGUUUUGAAGGAGUGGAGGAUGUAACGACAGACAGUAAGGCAAGCAAAGUUGUGGUGAAAGGCAAAGCGGCGGACCCCAUAAAGGUGUGCGAAAGAUUACAAAAGAAAAGCGGCAAGAAAGUGGAGCUCAUUUCACCUUUACCCAAACCUCCCGAGGAGAAGAAAGAAGAACCGGUUAAAGAAGCUGACAAGGAAGAGAAAAAAGAGGAGCCUCCGGCUGUUGUUACAGUGGUAUUAACAGUUCGAAUGCACUGCGAAGCAUGCGCUCAACUUUUACAGAAGCGAAUCCGAAAGAUCAAAGGUGUGGAAUCAGUGGAAACAGACGUCGCUAACAAUCAGGUUGUAGUAAAAGGUGUGGUGGAUCCUGCCAAGCUUGCUGAGGAGGUGUACAAAAAAACCAGAAAGCAGGUUUCCAUUGUGAAGGAGGAAGAAAAGAAGGAAGAAGAAAAGAAAGAAGAGGAGAAAAAAGAAGGAGAAAAGAAAGAAGGGGAGGAAGACAAAGGAUCAGAGGAUAACAAGAUUGAUAUAAAGCGGACCGAAUAUUGGCCAACAAAGUUCUACUCGGAUUAUUCUUACCCUUCCCCGCAGAUUUUCAGUGAUGAGAACCCUAAUGCCUGCUCUGUUAUGUGA